AGUAGGAUGUCCAGAACUUAGCCAGCCAGUGUUACAGUUCAUUUUACAAGCGUGAUAUGGUUUCUUCUGGGCGGAAUUUAGGUCAUAUUGUUCCUUGGAAGACUACCGACUACCCGGCUGCCAAACUAUACCGGAGACGCUGAUUGCAACUAUUGUUAGCUUGUGGAUGCUAGGUCACCUGAAGCCUGUGCUACAUCUAGCACAACAAAACGGGGCGAUCUGCCUUGAGACGUAGUGGGGGUUUUUCUCUCUUGGUUUGUCUCUAAGCUUCUUUUGAGUUAGUCAUGUGGAAAAUCAUUUUUCAAACGUUUGGUCUUUUGAUUUUGGUUUGGUUUUUCGAGGGCUUUGUUUUGGGUUGGUUUCAACGCAAUAACGUCAAACCCAAAACAGAUCAGAGUGACCAUUCGAGAAGAGGUUCGGUGGACAAUCAGGAUCAGAACUGCUUUUGUCAUUUGACCGGAGUCUUGGAUGACUGUUUCUGUGACAUAGAGAGCAUUGACGUGUUCAACAACUUCAAGAUAUACCCACACAUCAAGAAGCUCACCGAACAAGACUACUUCAGAUACUACAGGGUCAACCUGAAGCGACCAUGUCCGUUCUGGCCCGACGAUGGCCACUGCUCUAUCAAAGACUGCCAUGUGGAGCCCUGUCCAGAGAGUAAGAUCCCAGUGGGAAUCAAGUCUGGCAACUACAACAAGUAUUCCCAGGCAGCUAACGCUAUUUCCGAGGUAACCGACUGUGAACAGGCACAAGAACUGGGCGCCAUCAACAGCACCCUGAGUAACCAGAGUCGAAAGGCAUUUGUCGACUGGGCUCGCCAUGAUGAUGCCCAGGACAACUUCUGUGAGCUGGACGAUGAGACGUCCCCAGAUGCGGAGUAUGUAGACUUGCUGCUGAACCCGGAGCGCUACACGGGCUACAAGGGCCCGUCAGCAUGGAGGGUCUGGAAUAGCAUCUACGAGGAGAACUGUUUUAAGCCCAGGUCUGUGUACCGGCCUCUCAACCCUCUGGCUCCAAGUCGAGGAGAUGAUGAUGGAGAGGGUUUCUACAACUGGCUGGAAGGUCUGUGUCUAGAGAAGAGGGUGUUCUAUAGGCUCAUCUCUGGCCUCCACAGCAGCAUAAACAUCCACCUGUGUGCUGAGUAUCUACUAGACGAGGGUUGGGGAAAGCCUGUGUGGGGACCCAACGUGCAGGAAUUUCGGCAACGUUUUGAUCCGGCGGAGACCAAGGGUGAGGGGACACGACGCCUAAAGAACCUCUACAUCCUUUACCUGAUCGAGCUGAGGGCCCUCUCCAAGGUGGCGCCCUACUUUGAGCGCGCCUUCAUCAACCUGUACACAGGAAACGCCCAGGAAGACAGUGCCACCAAGGACCUGCUGCUCCAGAUCUUCAACGAGACCAAGGCCUUCCCGAUGCACUUUGAUGAGAAGUCCAUGUUUGCCGGACACAAGAUGGAGGCCAAAAUACUGAAGGAGGAGUUCCGCCUUCAUUUUAAAAACAUCUCACGCAUCAUGGACUGCGUAGGCUGCAGUAAAUGUCGAGUCUGGGGGAAACUACAGACACAGGGCCUGGGCACAGCUCUGAAGAUCCUGUUCUCUGAGAAGGAAAUCAAGAACCUUCCCGAACAUAGCCCGUCUAAAGGCUUCCAGCUGACCCGACAGGAGAUAGUGGCCUUACUGAAUGGCUUUGGCAGGUUGUCCACCAGCAUACACCAGCUACAUAACUUUCGCUCCCUGCUGAAGGAUAAGAGGUAACACAGAACCCUCCGGACCAGAAGGUGGCACCAGCCCACAGGGAACUGCAAUAGUCUUAUCCUAGCCCAGAAUAAGACCUUUUUCAGGGACAUCAGAAUCAACACUGACCACCCACCUAUUUUAUUCCCUCCCAUUAAAACCCCUGGCCACUGCUACCCACCUCCUACUUUUUACCUUAACCCUAACACCCACCUAUCAUAGAUAGGAUGUCUGAGAAUCACAUUUCACUAUCACCUUUUUUUAAAUCAAUGCUGAGGUUUAAUCCACCAAAACUAUUUUUUCUGCAAGCAACUAAACUCUCCUUUUUUUCUUCUCUUUGAAUUUCUCUAAUUUGGACCCCAAAAAAAGUCACUAUGGGUAAACCUCCAGUUUGAUUGUGCACUUAACACCAAUUGAGACUGAACAGUAUGAAAGCCUGCUAGCAAACACAUGAUGGUCUCAUGCUCAGCUUGUCCAACCGGAUAACGGACAAUUUAUAAAGGGGGUGCGGCAAAGAGUAAAUCCCCCCCCCCCCCGAAUAUAAUUUGAGUUGGAAAGAUCUCAAAUCACCACAAUUGCACCAUCAUUCUGUGGCUGUUUCCCUUACUCUGCUGAUCCCGCCUUCAACUGACAUGCAGCAAAACAGAUGUUAGCAUCCAUAUAAUCCAGUUUGUAACAAAGAUGGCUCUCUUGAAGGAUUUUAGGAUCCUUUACCUGUGGAGAGAUCAGUUUAAAUCAGGUCAGGAAGCACUUGUCUGUUUUGAAGAUGACUUCUUGUGUCUGCAAACCAUGCUGGACUCUGCUGCGUGUCGUGUCUCUCUUCUGUUUCUUCUUUUUUUUCUUCCCCCUUUUACUCCUUCACCCCUUUUUAAAUCCAGAGAGAAUGGGGCGGAGCGAGAGCGAGAGAUAGGAAAGAGCUCAAUGCCUGAGGGUCUGGAAAGCCCUGAUAUUGUUUAUGACCCAAGGCUAAAACAAUGUGAGCUUGCUGAACCUUCUGUGUGUGGGUGUGGGCAGUUGGUUAGACAUUCUGCCUUAGCUGCCAUUAUGAUGGGAAACCCACCAUCAUCCAGAAAUCCUGCUCAAUUUCAAAACCUCAUGAGCACAUUGAGAAGUUUUUCUGGUUUACCAGCCAGUGAAUUAUGGGAGCAGAUUAAUGUAGUUCUUAGUGUGUCUGUAGAUUUUCAUCAGUUUCAGCCAUCACAUAAUGUAAAAUGAUUGAUUUCAUACUUAAAGCAACAAUCCUGAAGAUUGUAGUUUUUGAUUAAAUUUCUGACUCCGGUGUCAAUGCUGAUAAAGGUCAGUGUUGUUUGAGCACUCUAAAUCCCAAAGAGCCAUUCAAAAUGAACUAGUCGUCAGUGCUGUUGUGUCGGCACUUUUCCCACCGCCAAAAAAAAAUAACAUGGUUGAAAUGUAGUACAACAAUGAAUAAGUGAAACUAUAUGUUGGUAAAGUUCUUCUGCUGACUGGUUCUGCCAUAUCUGCUUGUUAACUACAGCAACUUCACUUCUUCAGACUUGCUUCUGGCUGCCUUAUUCUUCCACAUUUGGCUGUUACAAUAUGAAGACGUAAAAUGCUAUGGCUUUAUCAUUUUUCUGUUAAAGUCCUGCCAGACAUUAACCAUUAAAAUGAGCAACUACAAACAUGUUCAGGAUUUGGAUAUUUGUGGAUUAGCUCUUGUCUUAAUUGCUCCAAUAAGUAUAAGAGAGGACAUUUGUCUGCGUUUAAAUCUUCAGGGUUGUAGCUCUAAUGUUUGAGUCUGUAUUGGUGUUAAACAGCGGCCUCUACAGUAUGUUCUGAUAAUCGCAAAAAAUAAAAUAAAAUCGUGUACCAUUUGAUGGAACCACCAGGUGGUGAUGUCUCACCACAGAGCCCCCCCCCCAAAAAAAAUUCUGCCAGCGCACCUCCCUCACGCUCCCAAAUCCGCAAUUUUCAGAGCCAGAGAUCUGUGUGACCAAGAAAGUAAAAAUAAAAAAGGGAAGCCGUCACUUAACUCACACAAUAAAAAUGCUGCAAAUGCAGCUUUGCUUGUGAAUUCUCUUCUGGUUUUCAACAUAUUUCCAUUAUUGGAAAGCGUAUCCAAUAUGUAUACAAUGGCAAGAAAGGUGGCAAGCUAGUGUGCUGUCCAAGUACGCUUUCCUGUCUGCCAACGUGAAAAGUAUUCUGAUGUAAGGAAAGUCCAAUAACCAAGUGGAGCUCAUUUGCCCAGAGGUCACUGUUUGACACCGUCACAAUCCACCUUUAAAUAAUUACGAAUUUGACUUGUGCAUAUUUUUUUGCUUUUCAAUAAUUCUAACUCACCUGUGUUUGUGUUAAUUUCCCCCUGUGUGAAUGUGUUUAUGCGAGUGUGUUUAUGAUGUGUGUUCAUAUGAGUGGGCAUAAAUUUGUGUUUGUGUGUUAACUACAAAAAAAAAAGAUUAAUCAAGAAGGGUUUGCUGAGUCACAAAACUCAGGAUUGAUUGGUUUCUUUUUCCAAGAGGAAUUUUCAUUUCAUGAGUUCUUUUUCUGGUGUAGAUUUAAUUCGUUUAUGUGAGAUGAUCAAAAUUGUUUUUUUUUUUUUUUAUGUGAGUUUGAGAAUGAUACAUAGUUUACAGCACAGUAUACAGCUUUAGGGGACAUAACACAGUGAAGGACAAACUGGGCAACAGAAAAAGAGACACUGUGCUGCAACCGUGAGGUCCCACAUUGUGAUUCCCAAUUUCUCAACCCCAAGGCUGAGUGCUGACCGAGUUUCUUCAAGUAUCUUGGCACAAGGUCGGGAAUUUAUACCACCACCUCUCGGGGGAGAAGAAAAGAUGGUGAUGAGUAGAUUUCCAUGAGUCUUAUAAGGCUGUUGAAAUGACUACCAGCCAAAAAAAUGGGCAGAUAGGGUGAUAGCUGGUUAAGUCUGUUUACUCCAGCAGGUAAAAUAUCAUUUCUCAUCUACAGAUCUAGUCGGCUGACAAACUCGCCACAUGGCAGAUGAAUCUUGUGCAGGGCGAGCCAACACGUCCAGUGGCUCCCCCUCACUUUGAAAAUGCCCUCACUGCAAGUAUAGAAACUUGUUAGAAAUAGUAAGCAAGACGAAGACGUCAUCCUGUUUCUACCAUUCAGUUUGGUGCAACUUAUGUAAUUUGUUCUUGGAGAAACUGUAUUUAGACUGUAAAAGACAAGCGUGCCGUUGCAGUGGGAUAGGCGGCAGAAGUAAUCUUACGGCUAUUCAGCCUCUAAAUGCUAUUUCUUGUAAAGACUCUUGGCUGAACAAAUGUGCUUGUUAGUGGAACUGCUUGUCCAAGUGGACCAAAGACUGUUAUAUGUUGCCUAACUUCUUUUUCUUUUCUUUUUCGUGUUUGAUUUUUGUUUGGUUUGAUAUUCUCUUCCGGGAAGUGUUUUAUUGUCAAGUCUAAGAAUUAUUUUGGAUCUUGAAGGUAUAGCUUUGACUAUUUAACAUAAUACAAGCAUUUAAAAGUACAGACCACCGGAUAUGUUUAAAGUUUAUAUAGUUGUAGAAAUGGUACAUUCUGUGCUUUGGGCCUAAUAAGCAGUACUUGCCGCAGGAAAGGGCGCUAAGCUAGUGCUGUUGAGUAGCGGAGCUACUUUGAAUGUUGACAUUGGGUUUUUUUUGUAUUUCCUGCUAAUGGCAGUGAUCUGUUUAGUUGUCAAGAGUCUCAGAGAGGGGACAAGUGUGUCACCGGCGUUUUUGUCUCUCGUUUUGUGUUUGGCGAAGGGAUGUGUUUGUGUAGCCUCGUGAGAUAGAAGAAUCUCACCAGUCAGUUAAUUAGGUUGAGCUUCUGUGAGGAGAUUGAAUGUGACGGCCUACUCCCUCAGAGCAACUACAUAAGAGAGCUGCAGUCCAAUCACGGCUUUGGAAAGUGAUCCAAUAUGGAGGUCACAUAGGUGAGACGGGAUACAGCAGAGACAAUAUCAUAAAUCUGACAUUGCAAAGGGAUUUUCAUGACAACAAAGCAACACACAGUUGUCUGCGUUUUGCAGAUGGCCGCGUCGACACAGCUUAUGCUGCUGUCAUUGUGCGGUCAUCAUGUUUUACAAUUCUGCUGUCAACUCUCAUCUACUGGCCCCCGUGGAUCAGUCCCCAAAGCUUUACUCGGAUCUUUUUGUUUUUGUUUUUUUUGGGGGGUUUUUUCUUGGUGGGACCGCCAUUUGAAAUUGAUCUCGAUGACAGGAAGGCUGGGCAGAGAAAGAGACCCAUGAUAAACCCCCGAGAUUCAUCUGGCUCACAAGGCUAAUGUGUCUCAGAACGACAGAGAUAAACUAUUUUUUUUUGUAUGGAAAGUUUAUGUGAGGCAGAGAGACUGUGUGUGUGUGUGUGUGUGUGUGUGUGUGUGAGGAGUGAGCCAAAAUGUGUGCACGUUUGUCAUCUGAGCCUUGCAUGCUAUCAACAGCUGUACAUCCUGUGCAAUCCGCUUGUCUGCCUUAAAAAAACAUUUUUGAAAAAUAUUAUAAAAAAAACAAACAAAAAGCUCCUCUUGAUGUCGGCGUCUUCAGAGAACUCCAUUGCUCUUUUCCUUUCUGCCUUCCUUAGAUAGUCCACCCCCCCCCAGCCCUGUACCACUUGUAAAACACAUAAGACUUCAGCUGUCUAUUCCUCCAGAUCCAUAUGAAUACAUAGCUGCUCUGAUACUGAUGUGUAAACUUGUUGAAUAUAUUUAUUUAAACAGAGUAAUAAAUAUUUCUGGAU